UUGUUUACAAUUUUUAACCAGUAUUUUUGGCUCUUCUGGCGACCGGACCACCCGCUUGUCCCGUCACACUCACAGAAUGUCGUCGGAGAACCUGGACUCGGACACUCAGAUGGACUACGAGGACGAAAAACAGGACUCCCAGGAGAAGAACGUCAACCCGAUGAAGGCUGAGGAAGCCAAGUUGAAGGCCAAGUAUUCCGGUCUCGGUCAGCGGCCCGGCGGGUCUGACUUCCUCAUGAAACGGCUACAGAAAGGGCAAAAAUACUUCGACUCCGGCGACUACAACAUGGCCAAGGCAAAGAUGAAGAACAAGCAGCUUCCCGUGGCGGGGUCCGACAAGAACCUGGUGACGGGCGAUCACAUCCCCACACCGCAAGACCUGCCGCAGAGGAAGUCGUCCUUAGUGACCAGCAAGCUCGCCGGCUAGCCUCCGACGUCGCACUAAGGAGAACGCCCCCCCCUGCCUCACCCGUAUCCCUGCCCCUCGUCCCCCCCGUUGUCGCAGCAACUACCACCACUCCCGCUUCACCUGUCAUCUGCAGGCAACAUCCAGGCAGACUUGUUGAGUUGAUGUGCUUGUUUGUGGGGUGGAAUGAGGUUUCCUCCACUUCUGAGCACAGCGCCCCCUACUGUGCACUCUGCGUCACCUCUUGCCUUGGCUGUCCGUGUUCCAAGAUGGUUGCCGUCAGCAGGUGUGUGGCUUUGUCGGGGGACUUUGUGCACUUUGUAUUUUGGUGAUCGUUGUGCGUCCGGGACUCGGGAUUCACCUUUAUCCUCCAGGAUGCGGUAUGGGGUUCGAACGCGCGCACAUCGUUACUUGCUCGUAUACCAAAUUUGCACGGGUGCGACGGGAGUUCACGAUGCUUUACUCGUUAUGCCCUCAAAAAAAAAAAAAAAAACACACUGCAUGAUUGUAACUGAUAAAGAAAUCUUAACGGGAGAGGGACCAUCUUCUUUUGUUUUGUAUUUUUUUUUUUUUUUCGCUGUCCGGGGCGGUCCGCAGCACAAUCCAGUCGUCGAACUUGAUCCGACUUCCGCUUUAGCCAGCAAGCGCCGUUGCGCUGGCUGCAUGCUCCUCGCCAGUUCUGCUCACACAGGCAUGCCCUCUGCGCAGUUCCAGUUGUGUGCUUGAGGCAAGGAAAUUAAAGCUUCCAAGUGGGAGGAACAUGAUGAUUUCCGACAUCCAUUCUCACAGACUCUCCGUCCUGGAGACUCGUCAUUCUAAAGCACACUAGCCCUAAAUGUUGAGUGUUGAAGUCACAUGAUGACAGGAGUCAUCUUUUGUGGACUUGGGGCCCUACGUACAUGUGUGCUGAUCUCCAUCCGUCAUGAAAUAUCAUUUGACUUCAGUCAAUGUUUUUACAAGUGAUGUUUGAUCUCAAAUGAAAAGCCAUUUGAGCAUUUGUGCCAUAUCCUUAAUAUUCAUUUUAAAGUCCACGUCCUAGCAAACUCUUUGUUCCCACCAUUAAGAGCAUUAGUAGAACAACUGUCUGACUAGGAGGGUUUCCCGCUACUAGUGCCAUUUUUGGCCUACAAGUACGACAUUCGGCUGGGAAUCAAAUAAAUGCUCGAAUGGCUUUAUGGAAAGUCGUUUGAACAUUAAAGUGGGGCCCAUCUAUUCACGGGGGACAGGGACCGGGCCCGAGCAUAUAUAGCGAAGGCUUGUGGGUAGUUGCUGGCCAUUAUAUUUGUAAUCAUUUCUUUUAACAUAUCAAAUUCUUGAAUAAGCGGGAAUAUUAAAUUUCAGUGUUGGUUCCAACAAAAGGGAAAAAAAUGGGACGAAAAAUCUCUUUAAUAGAUGAACACAAGUGCCGAACUGCAGGUUUGCGGUGGUCCAGUCAGUGUACUUGAUAUCCAGCUUAAGGUCCAUGUACAAGUACGCUCUUUUGCCUUCACAAAUAUGACAAUUCAGCACACUAGUAGAAUUAGCCGCUUACCAGUAAUAUUUUUCCACAAGUAUUAAAUUGAAUCGUAGUAGUAAACUACGAUCCUGAACUAUUAACACUACUAAGCCCAGCAAUUAGGCAUGCAUACCCUAGUAACAGCACCAAAAUUCCCACAAAAGGUUUCACCUCACCAGUAACUACUCCUACUUGUAUGCGAGGGGCCUUAUAUAGUAGUGGAUAAAAUGUUACUAGAUACAGAUAUUCCAGUAGUUCGCCCUAGUGCGCUAGUAUACUGUUACAAGGAGCUUGAGAUUUAUAUCAAGAAAUGAAAGCUGUUCAAGCAUUACUUGAUAUACUUGAUAUCCAUCUUAAGGUCAUUGUACUAGUACACUCUGUCCUCACCAGUAGGACAACACCAUCUUACUUGAAGGCAAAAUUGUGCACUUGUUGACAGUUGUGUGAUACUUACAGGUGGUGGUUCAAAGGUUAAUUGAUCAUCAGAUUUUUGAGCAAUUAUUUUUAAUAAAUUAUCCAGGACCAUUCUUUGACUUAAAAUUGUUCAACUCCUAUGAUAGCAGUCCCUCAAGAAUUAAUAUUCUCAGAUUUCUUUGGUCUUCCUUGAGAACAGACUGAUUAUCUUUGUGUUUAGUCUAAAUGAGACAUUUGCAAACAUCCGCUGUAACUUUGGAAAACAAUGAUCAACAUUUUUGCCUAUUUUGUGAUUGAUAUGAUAGACAAAACCGGUAAUCAAAACCCAAGUUAUGCCAUAAAUUAUUGUGCCCUGCGACCCAAAUCAGGAAAGGUGGAUGGACGGAUAUUACAAAAAGUUAUUUGUAGCUGUAGUAUGAAUCGCCUGUACAAUAAUUGACCUUUUGAACCCGAAGCAGCCUUAUAAGUGUAUAUGAAACUAGUAGCCCUUCGCAUUAAUUGGUACUCAAGAAGUAGCUCUCAAGUUUCAAAAAGAUUUUGAGUACACUGUACAACAUCACUCCCUCUCAUGUGAAAUUGCUUAAUUGUUGUUUAUUUGUUUUUUGUCAAUUAUUAAACAGUACAAAAUAAAUUUAAUUUCAUAACCAGUAAUUGGGAAAAAAAAGGUUUUACAAUAAACUUGAAUACAAAAUACAUUUUUAACCGAUUAACAGCUAUCCAACUAGUAUGCCAAUGUAGUCAUACUUGACUAGUAAAGCAUACUCGUACAUGCACCUUCAGCUGUAUAUCGAGAACAUGCAAUAAACGCUCAACGCGCUUUCCAUAAUCUUUGGCGUGCUCACAACCCGAUAAGGUGCACAGCCAUCUCUGUUUGGCAAAAGUAGGCCGCGGCGUUCCCGCAGGGGGGUGCGCUCGCACGCCUAUUUUCAGCAGAGCACACAGACGUGUCGUGACGCAUCGGCCACGCCCCGAGCCUGUCAAACCGCUCUGCAGUCCUGAAAAAGUUUGAAUUUAGAGGGCAUAACUUUGACGACGAGUCUCCUCCCAGGGAACCUUUGCACUGUCUGUGAUCAGGUGGAAACGGGGAAGAUUGUAUAAAUCAAGCAACUUGAGCAUUUAUGCAAUAUGAUAUGAGGUUUAAGAUCCAUGUGGCCAUCUGCUCUUUGCCCUCACUAGUGAGGCAAUUCAGCUUACUAGUAGAAUGACUUGAAAAAUUUUCCACUACUCUGACGUACUCGUAGGACAACAUUGGCAUACUAGUAUGACAACUAUGUUAAUAAUGUGGUAAAAUGGCACUUGUCUACUACUCGUGAAGCACUAGAUGUUAACUUAACACUUUCUAGUCAUUUCCAAAAUUCUAAAUGGAAAAUCUGUUUUCUGAGCAUUUUGAGUAAUCUUUCAAGACCUGCAGAAUAUUGUCCUGAGACCAAGAAAGACUUCUUUCACCAAUAUUUUUUUUCUGUUCCUUAGAAAUUAUCAGUAGAUCAUUGGCUGGUUUCACCAAACACGCCAGUUUGUGACUAAAAACCAAACAGACGAGAAUUUUGUGAAAAGAAACCCAUCAAGAAAAGUAAUGCUAAUAUCGUUGCUAUUUUGACAGCUGAAAAUAUAAAACGAAUCUGAAAAAUGGCGUUUGACGCAAAAUAAUUUAUUUACAGACAUUUGUGAUUGGAUUUGAGAUGCGUCGCAGCUCUGGCUCGGUUGGUACCAAGGGGCUUUGUCCACAUACCGAAUGGGUUGGCAGUUGGGAUCCUGACUGCUGUUGAAAUGUCCUUGGGCAAGACACUGAACGCUUGAUUUCCUCCUGGUCAGCAUUUUUAGAGUAGAUGGAAAAGUGUCAUCAAGUUGCCUUACCUGGUUAAAUAAAUUAAAUUAAAUGCAACUAAGGAAGGCCCUGCAUGGUUUGAGUUUUUUCUCAUGAUCACAACGCACACAGUCAUGGAAAAGAAAUGUGCCACUGUUUUUAAACAUGACUGUAUAAACGUUUCCCCCCACCCCUUCCUGACUGAUGUAAAAUCAGACUAAACUUUUGCUGUUUAGGUGCCAGUAAAUUAGAUGACCAACAUUCAUUGUUUGGUUUUCCCAAACUAGCAACAUAGUUGUUCUUCUCAUAUGCCAAAGCCCAGAAAAACCUUAACUUGGAUAUCAAAGAUAUUGACAACGGCUUUCCAUACAUUGUCAGGCUAUUUGUUUAUCUCUUGGUAGUACACACGUGUGCUUGUUGUUUUGUGUGUGUGUGUGAUUACAUUGUAAAUAGACUUGCGUGAAUGUGUGCGUGUGUGAUUCAGUAGCACUUCUGCUAUUUUGAAGGGGCUGCGUGUUUGAGUCUGUGUCAUGUACAAAUGCAGCUGAUUCAGGCAAAUUUCCCAACUUGCUCGGUGGCAGUGUCUUAGCUCUCUCUCGUGACAUAAUUGAAUGGAAUUUUCCUGCAUGUCAACUUUGAAUGCCAAUUCAACAUCUCACUGUAAGGUUGGAGAGGAAUUGUGGGUGAUAAGCAAACACGACCGGAGUUAUAACUGGUUAUUGAGCGGGGGCGUCUUUUUUUUUUCUUUUUUUCUCCUCCAGCCACGACGACCGCAUAUGCCCAAAUGUAAACGUGGCGACAAAUGUGCAUCUCCGUCAUCUCCGUUCUGGUUGUGUUCUCUUCUCGUAUCACAAGUAGUUGCAGUUGAUAUAUUUCACGCUGCCCUGGCGUCACUGCAGGGAAAUCGGAGGUCUUCAUGCUUCAAGGACAAAUCAUAUUCAUAAAAAGAAAAGGGUUUACUUGACAGCAGAACACAAGGGGAAACAUGGGAAGGACUUCAGAGAGUAAGGAAUUUUCACUUCUGUGGGGAGUCACAAAGAGGGAUUUUUUUUUUUUUGGUUUGUUUUUU